AUGGGAGUUCCGCACCGAUCGUCAAAAGGCGCCGCCGUGGACCCUCGCGCCGAGCCCCAAUUGCCGCCGCUUAAGGCGUCGGACGCCCUCCCCCUCACCAACGCCGUCUUCUUCACCCUCUUCUUCUCCGCCGUGUACUACCUCCUCCUCCGGUGGCGCGAGAAGAUUCGCAGCUCCACCCCUCUCCACGUCGUCACUCUCUCCGAGAUCACCGCCGUCCUCACCCUCGCGGCCUCAUUCGUCCACCUCCUAGGGUUCUUUGGCGUCGGCUUCGUCAGGUCCCUCGUCAUCCCCCGCGCUUCCCACGAAGAUCUCCUCGACGAUGAAGACGACGAGAUAGCCAGCGAUUGCGAGGGUCCGAUGCUCAAGGAGGACGCCCGCGCCGCCGCCCCCAAACCCGACGUCUCCGGUAAGACCGUCUAUCAUCAGUCUAUCUCGUCGGACGAUGAGGAAAUUGUGAAGUCAGUGGUGGAGGGUAGAACCCCGUCGUACUCCCUCGAGACAAAGCUGGGCGACUGCCGCCGUGCAGCAGCCAUCCGCCGUGAGGCCCUGCAGCGCACCACCGGAAAAUCCCUCUCCGGGCUGCCGCUCGAGGGUUUCGACUACGAGGCCAUACUUGGCCAGUGCUGUGAGAUGCCGGUGGGCUACGUGCAGAUCCCAGUUGGCAUAGCGGGCCCUCUGUUACUGGACGGCCGGGAAUACUCUGUUCCCAUGGCCACCACGGAAGGCUGCCUGGUGGCCAGCACCAACCGUGGCUGCAAGGCCAUCUAUGCCUCCGGUGGAGCCACCAGCUGCAUUCUAAGAGACGCGAUGACAAGGGCCCCCGUUGUGAGGUUUGGCUCGGCCAAACGGGCUGCCGAGCUCAAAUUCUUCUUGGAGAAUCCUCUCAAUUUCGAAUCCCUCUCGCUCAUUUUCAACAGCUCCAGCCGGUUUGGGAGACUCCAUAGCAUCAAAUGCGCCUUGGCCGGAAAGAAUCUGUAUAUAAGAUUCUCCUGCAGCACUGGAGAUGCCAUGGGGAUGAAUAUGGUCUCGAAAGGCGUGCAGAACGUGAUUGAAUUUCUCAACAACGAGUUCCCCGACAUGGACGUUAUCGGCAUCUCCGGGAAUUACUGCUCGGACAAGAAACCGGCAGCCGUGAACUGGAUCGAGGGGCGGGGAAAAUCGGUUGUGUGUGAGGCAGUUAUAAAGGAAGAGAUUGUGAAGAAGGUGCUCAAGACAAAUGUAGCUGCCUUGGUUGAGCUCAACAUGCUCAAGAAUCUGACUGGUUCGGCCAUGGCCGGAGCUUUGGGUGGCUUCAAUGCCCACGCCAGCAAUAUUGUGUCGGCUAUUUACAUAGCCACCGGUCAAGACCCGGCUCAGAAUGUCGAGAGCUCCCACUGCAUCACCAUGAUGGAAGCCGUUAAUGGCGGCAAGGAUCUUCAUGUGUCUGUCACAAUGCCUUCGAUUGAGGUUGGUACGGUUGGAGGUGGGACCCAGCUAGCUUCGCAAUCGGCAUGUCUGAACCUGCUUGGGGUAAAGGGAGCUAGUAAGGAGGUUCCCGGGUCGAACGCCAGGCGAUUGGCCACCAUUGUUGCCGGUUCGGUUCUUGCAGGUGAGCUCUCUCUCAUGUCGGCUCUUGCUGCUGGGCAGCUUGUUCGGAGUCAUAUGAAGUACAAUAGGUCUAAUAAGAAUAUAUGCAGUGUUUAA